GUCUUUGGUGAUCUGAUUUAAAAACAAGGCCAGAAACCCAGAUCACAAUCCUGGAUUCUCAUUCUUCAAGUUGGGAUUUUGAGUUGGUAACAAGUGAUCAGACUGGAAAAGAUGGCAAGCAAUGAGGAACAGAAAUUCCAAGUUAGAAAAUUAGAGCUCUCAGAUAAAAGCAAGGGCUUUAUAGAACUACUGCGACAGCUAACCACUUGCGACUCUGUAUCUGACAAAGACUUUGAAGAUCGGUUCAUGGAGCUUCAGUCUCGUGCUGAAGACCAUCAGGUGUUUGUUAUAGAAGAUGAUCGUUCUGGGAAGAUAGUUGCAACUGGGAGUGUGUUCAUUGAAAGGAAGUUUAUAAGGAACUGUGGUAAAGUUGGGCACAUUGAAGAUGUUGUGGUUGACUCCAAUGCUCGUGGAUUGCAUUUAGGGAAAAAACUUAUUAAUUCCCUCACAGAUUAUGCUCAUUCUGUGGGCUGUUAUAAGGUGAUUCUUGAUUGCAGUGUUGAUAAUAAAGCAUUCUAUGAGAAAUGUGGCUACAAGCAGAAAGAAAUUCAGAUGGUGAAGUAUUUCAUUUGAGAAGUGUUUUUAUCUUCAGAGUUUGUUUUAGGACUAUACUUCUGAGUAGAGCCAAAAAUGAUGAUCUUAUAUCUUCACCCUAUAUAAGAUCAACAUGUAAUGAAGAGAAUAUGAGUUGCCAAGAGAGGAUAUUUGACUGAUAAUAUCAAUGUGUUUAUGU